AUGGCGGUGGUGGAUGUCCUUGGUAUGAUGGGAACUGACAGGUCCGAUGGAACUCACCCAUUCUUCCAUAAUCGGUUUAUUCCUCACCGGGCCGUCAAGCAAGCUGAGAGAAGUGACAAUGUUGAGACAUUGUCACAGCCAGCCAACUUCGGUCACUCUAAUUCACGCAAGAGAAAAUCCAGACCACUGGUUGAACGGCCAUCUAAUACACAUAUGCCACAGCUCACUACAAGUUCUGUUCCCAUGGAUGCAAAGUCAGCUGUCCCUUCAACUCAAGAGCAUAACAUGGACAAAACACCAAAAAAGAAAGUUUUGAAGCUGAAUUCAAAUGGAAAACUACUCAGCUCACCGCCAGUAGUGCCAACUGUUGCCACAGCUGCCGAGACAGCCGUUGAAAUGUCGCCCAAAGCCACUGGCAAGCGCAAUAAGGCUCGAUCAUCACAGACAAGAUGCCCCUCUUUGAUUGUAAAGAUCGGCUAUGGUAGUGAAGAUUCGGAUCAACGAUUGAGGGUUGGUAGUACCAUCAGUGAAGUUCUUAGAUCAGAUCACAAAGCUCACGAUUCCGAAAAACGGUCAACACCUAAGAACGAGAGAACACCGAAAAAGGCCACUCACCCUUUUUUCUCGGGACCACCGAAACCUAUUGCCAGCAUUGCAGAGGGGAAAGACAGUAAGGAAGGAGAAGAGCUAGACCUAGAUGCAUCUGUGAGUCCUACCAAAAGCGUUUCAAAGCCAAAAAGCCCGCAAACAAAGCCAGCCUGGAAGGACAUUACCUUCUCGUCCAAGCGAAGUAUAAAUCAGCACACUGAAGCAUGGCCAACACCAUGGCCAACAGCAGAUACUCAACGUGUAGAUGGCUUAUGGCCCUCUCUGGACCCACACUUUUCCCCUAAGAUCUCACUCUUCCAGGCCUACAAGUCAAAAGGUCGGGCCAGUACAGAGAUCUUAGCAGACGAAGAUGUCCUGCGUCGUGCUACAUAUGCAUGCUUCGGAGGUCUACGGGGUUCAGACAUUUAUACACCACGCUAUCCUGCACGAAAGAUUCUCUCGGGGGAGGACAUGUCUCGUAGACUAGAAGAUAAGCUGCUGCUGGACAGCAUCCACUCAGCCACCCAAACGCUCAGGUCGUCUCUGUCGACCAAGCUGACAGCUUUCGAUCAAGGGAAAUGCGAUCAUUCUUCUUGGACCACAAAGUCAGCACCUUCUAGGGCGGAAGACGUGCUUCAACCCGGACGCGAAGCCGUGGUGCUGCGUGAUUGGGUUAAGAAAUUAACUGUUACAUCAGUUGGAGGAGGGUCCCAUCCAAUGGAGAAGCCUCAACAUAGCAAGCCGCAAGCACGGAAAAGAGGAAGACCCAAACGCUCAGAUGACGUCGAUGGUUUCAUUGUUUCUAGUGAGGAUGAGGCCGAUGAGCUUACCGAAAUCGAACAGUCUACUCGAGAAAGCACUCCUUUUAUUGAUGAUAUGAAACGGUCAGUCCUCAGGACAGGGGCGAUGACCUCUUCACACGACAAGGGUCAGGCGAAGAACACUAUCCUUAUUAGUGGUCCUACAGGUUGUGGCAAAACAGCAUCGGUUUAUGCGGUUGCUAAAGAACUUGGCUUUGAGGUUUUCGAAAUACACCCUGGAACUCGACGCGGAGCGAAAGACCUCCUUGAAAAGGUAGGUGACAUGACACAAAACCACCUGGUCCAGCACCAGAGUGGUGAAGGCUCGGUGGAAGCGUCCCCUUCAACGCCAAUUGAUGAUGUUGUGGUCCAAGAUGAGAUUGCGUCCGGCAAGCAGCGGACGAUGAACGGCUUCUUCCAAACACAAGCGAGAGUUGCCCCAAAGGUCGGGAGAAAGCGUAAAGCUGUGGUCCAAGCUGAUCAGAAAGAGGAGAGUAGUAGCAAAAAGCCAAGGAAGGCACAGAAGCAAUCUUUGAUAUUGCUAGAGGAGGUUGAUAUACUGUUCGAAGAGGAUAAAUCGUUUUGGAGUGGAGUCAUGUCUUUGAUCAGUCAGUCAAAAAGGCCCAUCAUACUGACUUGCAACGAUGAAUCUACGUUACCACUAGAUGAACUCCCGCUUCAUGGCAUCCUGCGCUACCUGCCACCUGCUGAGGACAUGGCCACGGACUAUCUCCUCACACUUGCUGCUACUGAGGGUCACGAGCUGGACCGUGAUGCUGUCUUGUAUUUGUACCGAUCCCAAAAGCACGACCUCCGGGCUACAAUCAACGAGCUCGAUUUCUGGUGUCAGAUGGGAAUUGGUUCACGUAAAGGAGGACUAGACUGGAUGCUUAAUAGCAGGACAUCUUCCAUGGACACUGAAAUUGAUGAAUCAAGGCCACGCGUUUUCAGCACACAUACAUACCGCCGGGGGAUGGGGUUGACUCCGCAGCAAUUAGACAUGGAUCCAGACCAGCUUGUGUUUGACGCAUACCAGCAGCUGGAAAUGCCUAUUGGUACAUGGUCCGCUGAUGCAGACAGAACAUUCGCAGGCUCCCCGACUGUUCAAGAAGCAUCCUUCAGAGCAGAUCUGUAUAGCGAUCUCGAUUUAUGCCAGCGGAUGCCACCCGCUACCGACGCUACUGACCUCCAACUCCGCAUCGCAAUAUCACUUACAACCCGCCUCUCCCCCAGUCCGCCAACUCAGAAUGACAUAGUAUCCGCUUACGUUCAACCCGCUGUCCCACCAAAACUCACCCGCUCCACCCUGACCCAGGUCUUUGAGCCCCUAACCAACGAAAAACCCACUUUCCCACCCUCACAAGGCCGCCUCGCCCCAUCGCUAGAUUCCCCGACCUCUACCAUCACGUCGGAUAUAGCACCCUACGCCCGGUCCAUCGUGGCCUCUGAGCAGAAAUGGGGUGCGAGCAUGGCGGCGCCGAAACGAAACACCAGAGCGAGUGCGAGGCCGGAGGGACAUUUUCCAAAGAGGAUUAAUGGCAAGUAUGUGCUCAUGACGGGUGGUGAGGGGUGGCAGGACCUUUGGGUUCGGCCGGAGGAGGAUGGUGGGCGGGAUGGAGAGGGCUAUGCGCACGUGGAUGUGGAUGUUGCCGAUGCCUAA